AUGGAAAGACUCGGAGAGUUGGAAAGAAAUUUUAUGGAAGAAGAUUCAAUCGUAGGUCUGAAUCUUGAAGAUAUUAAAAUGAAAUUAGAGAAAGAAAUAACUUUUUCUACUGAAUUUAUAAUUAAAUUCAUAGACAACAACAUGGGAGGAGUUUAUGUCUUGAAAUCAGAAAAGGCAUGGAGUACGCAGAAUGUAAUAAGAAAAUGGGUGGACCUUAUGCUGCCACUUGUUUUAAGAGGAAGUCAACGAGGUCUCCUCAUUUGGGACUCUGCAAGCACUCAUCGUGCAAAGGAUAUGAAAAACUUCUUGGCAAAAAGAAGGGUUGAUCAGGUUAUGAUCCCAGCAGGGAUGACUGCUUACCUCCAGACCUUGGACAUUGCAAUAAACAAGCCUUUCAAGGAUUACCUCAGACUUGAAAUCAAUGAUUAUAUUGAGAAUAGGAUGUCAAGGAACAAAAAUAACAACUUCGUGAAGCCUAAUCUGCAGGAGGUAGUCUCUUGGGUAAGGAAUGCAUGGGGCAAAGUCAUUGAUAGCUGUGUUGCAAAGGCUCUGAAAGCAGGGUACUUGGACAAAACAUCGCCAUUUGAAGCAAGCUACAUCGCAAAACACGAUAGAUUUGGACCUAUGAUACAGAAGGAGCUGGAGUCAAAUGAAAUCUUGGCUGGAAUUCAAGGUCUUGAUCUGGAAGAAAAUGAUGAUAUCCCAGAAGAUGAUGAUCUUAUUGUAUUUGAAUAA